AUGGCGUUGGGCACAGCUGUUCCCUCUCAGGGGCUGGAGGAGGAGGCGUGGGGAGCCCCGGGAUGUCUCGGGGACCCCAAACCCAGCAAGGUGGUGCCUCGCCCCCUGAAGAUCGGAGGAACUGCAGCGCAGCCCGCGGCGCGGGGCGCAACCCUCGACCGUGCAGGGGUUAACCGCCGCCGGGGCCGGCCCGAGGACACCCGGUGCCCCGCGGGUGACAGUGCCGCCCACCGCAGCGCUGCCCGUUCCCUGCCCGUCCCCUGCCCGCCGCUCCCGCCGGGCGGGAGCGCAGGCAGCGGCCCGGCCCCGCGCCCAGAGCCUGAAGUGCUCCUGUGCCUGGACCACGGCAGCAUGUCGACAGAAAAACUCAAGCACCACAAAAUCAUCUUCGUGGUGGGUGGCCCUGGCUCAGGGAAAGGGACCCAGUGUGAGAAGAUUGUGCAGAAGUAUGGCUACACCCACCUCUCCACGGGGGACCUGCUGCGGGCAGAGGUCAGCUCAGGCUCGGAGCGGGGCAAGAAGCUGCAGGCCAUCAUGGAGAAGGGCGAGCUGGUACCCCUGGACACGGUGCUGGACAUGCUGAGGGAUGCCAUGGUGGCCAAAGCAGACGUGUCCAAGGGCUUCCUCAUCGACGGCUACCCCCGUGAGGUGAAGCAGGGAGAAGAGUUUGAGAAGAAGAUCGCCCCUCCCACACUGCUGCUCUAUGUGGAUGCAGGGAAGGAGACAAUGGUGAAACGUUUGCUGAAGCGAGGUGAGACCAGUGGGCGGGUGGAUGACAACGAGGAGACCAUCAAGAAGCGUUUAGAGACCUACUACAAGGCCACUGAGCCUGUCAUUGCCUUCUACAAGAGCAGAGGCAUUGUCCGCCAGCUCAACGCCGAGGCCUCCGUGGAUGAGGUUUUCCAGCAGGUCUGCACCCACCUCGACAGCCUGUAGCCGAAUCCCCGGCCCCAGGCCCCCCCAGCACUCCGGCAGAGACAGCGGAAGAGGCUUUAUCCUGUUUUCAUGGACGGAGCUGUGUGGAGGAAAUUUCAAGGACAUUGUGUUUGGCUCUUUCCCGUCUCUCCCCAGUAAAGUUCACUUUAAUGAG